CAACCUGCAAUCAGAUCGCACGUGAAGAUCUCUCCUCUGUUCUCCAGCAUCCAGCCGCUGCUCUCUCUCCUUAUGCUUCUUCAUUAAACCCUGCAAUUUUAUUUUUUCUGCUGCUGACAUGAAUCAAUUUUUGAAUACUGCUGGAGGGAAGGCCAUCCCCAAGAAGCCAAGGAAGAAGUCAAGGACUUCAGCUAAGCAAGUGGAUGAGGGGAGAACUGAGAGGGAGAGGGUGGUGGAGGAGGAGAGGGGGACCGAAGUUCUUGAGUUCGUACCUCAGCCUCCUCCUGUUGAGCUGGACCCCGGGCUCAGACGAUUGGAGGAGGGGGCUGAGGUACGGGCUCCUAGUAAGGGGAAGGGCCCUAUUUCAACUGCGGUGCCUCAGAGCAGCCUGUUCGAGGCGAAGAACGUAAUGGGGGCUAGGUGGUUUAUCAACAACACCUUCCCCGAAGUGGACAAACGCCACGCGCAAGAGGAGACUCUGAGGUACGGAGGAGCUUCUGUUGUGAAGCACGUCCUUGAGAGCGCGAGCUGGGUGAAUGGUCUAGCCCAGGAGUUCAGGAAGGGUGUAAAGGAGCGCGCCCUCUUGCAGAGGCAGUGUGACCAGCUGCAGAAGGAGAAGGAGGAGCUGGAGAAGAAAAACAAAAAUCUACAAGAGUCAUUGGACGAGGUGGUUCCAACUGUGAGGCAGUUGAAACAGGAGAGGGCUUCCCUGAGCACCAAGCUCGGCUUUGAAGAGAGUAAACGAAAGAUCUCUGAAAGCGAGCGUGAGGCUCAGGCGAAAGAACUGAAGCUGACGAAGGAGGCGUUCUUGGAGCUGAAGAGGAACGUGCAGACCUUGGUGCACAAUGGGAUGAAGGAGCACAUCAGCAACUUCAUCAGCUCAAGCUCGUUGGACAACAUCGUCAACCUAUACCGGCUGCCUACUGCCAUCAUUGCCUUCACGGACUGCAGAAAGAAGGUGAAGGCUGCAUAUCCCGAAGUGGAUGUGACAAAGAUCACCUUCGGCGAGCAAGAAGGAGGAGUAGAGGAGGAUGGCGAGAGCAUGUCAGCAGACUUCCGUCCUCAAAUUAAGCUGAGGUGGGAGGAUGAUGCAGACAGGCGUACUGUUUUCCCUCCACAAUUCGACUUCGAGUUCGUGGUAGUGGGGGAUGAAGAGGCAGAGGUGGAGGGAGACGAGAUGGAGGCAAGAGUGGAGGAAGCUGAAGUGGGUGAGAGCCAACUCGCUCCAGAAGUGGAGAUUCAUCCAGUUCCCUCCGACGAUGAGCAGCCUCUUCUAUCAGACGAGCAGCAGCCAAGACAGCCACCUCUUCCAACCGAAGAGGAGCUAAUGGAGCCACCUCCUCCAGCGGAGAACUGAUUUUUAUUUGUUGUUUUUAAUUAUUUUUUUUUUUGUAGAACAUUUAAACAGUUUGUAACACUUUUAUUAUGUUUAAUGAAAUUAUGUAUUUGUU